CUAAAUUUCUUUCCAAAUUCCAAAGUCAUCUGUCAAACCGGAAAUCGCCGAUCAUCAUGAAAAAAAUCCGGAAAUUUUCUGCAUUGAUGCCGGAAUUAGUUACCGAUAUUCUCCUGCGACUCCCGGUAAGUUCUCUCCUCCGAUUCAGAUGCCUUUCAAGAUCACUCUGUUCCGAAAUUGAUAGUGAAAAGUUCGUCGAGAAUCACCUCAACAGCUCAAUCCAGAGGAAAACCCAUCAAAAGCUAGUCAUCUACAACUUAGAAUUCAAGCAUUUCAAGGAUUUCUACUUUGCUGAUUUCGAUGACGACCUGGUUGAUGCCUUCCCACACAGCAAUCCAUUGAGGGGCUUAUCCGUGUACGGUUCUUGCAAUGGUCUGAUUCUCUUGGGUUCGGAUCUUGAAGUCAAUUACCAAAGCAUGAAUCUUGCCGUAUGGAAUCCAUUUACCAGGCGGCAUAAUAAAUUACCGCUUUGUCCAGUCCAAACCCUUUCUGAGCACCGAAGAUUCAUGAGUUGUGGUUUAGGGUAUGAUUCUGCCCAUGAUGAUUAUAAGGUUGUGAUGAUUUCGAAGGUUCAUGACUCCAAUCGCGUGUUCUAUCAAGUCUGGGUUUUUGGGUUGAAAUUGAAUUUUUGGAGGAGGAGCCGAGAUUUGGUGGAUGAAGUUAACACAAAGGUGGGGCGUUUUGCAAACGGUGCUCUGUACUGGGUAUGUAAAGAUAAGGGUGUUGGUUUUGAUCUCGCCAAGGAGGUGUUUUUUGACAUCCCGCUAGUGUUUAAUUGGGGCUCAGCAGUUUUCCCAGCAACUUUCCUCUUGGAGUGCUUAGAUUCCUUUGAUUCCUUGGUGGUUUGCGGAGGUAACCUUUAUUUUCGUAUAUGGCAUCAUGAAAAUGUAGAAUUUUACUUGCUUGUGAGUGAUGUGAGUGAUAAGGGUGGAGAAGAUGGAGGAGUUAGUUGGAGGAAAGAGUUCACUAUAGUGAAUGUGGAGACUGUUUUGCCUGAUGUACAAGUAUUUCCGCUCUGGCCUUUGGCUUAUUCAAAAGAUGGGGAUAGCAUUCUGCUUGGUGGCCUAAAUGGGGUUUUUUGGUAUAACCUUGAAAACAAAACAAACCAAAGGGUGAGUAUUGCGGGGCUGCCCUAUGUUCCUUGGUUCAGAUACAAUGUCUGUUGGGAAAGUCUUGUUUCUGUUGGCAACGAUAGUACAUUUGAUGGAGCAGCUGAGGAAGAGAUUUAGAGGAGUAGAACAAUUUGAAGCUAACUUCUUUUAGAGGGUCAAGUUUGUAAAGGCUAAUAACUGUUGUGAUAUGCAAACUAGUGGUGAAUGGAUAUGUUAGUGAAGACGAUUAUAUUUCAAUGAAAUUAUCCAAUUUCA